GACCACGGUUGGUUCCCUGCUGCGAUCGGCAACCAAUGCGACGUAAACACACACGUAUCGCCAAAAAAAUAAUUGCUACCUGUUAACUUAAAGCCAGGUGUUUUUAAAAGAUAUUUCCUUGUCCAUCCACUGGUGGCUUUUCUAAGAAAAUUUGACAGCAAGAAAGCCCAAACAGCACAUAAUACCAUGGAUACAAAAGAAGCUACAUGUAGUCACAGCUGGUUUUCAGAUUUCAGCCAUAAUGUAGCCUCAGUGUUUGCAGCGGUCUUGUAUGGAACAUGUUCCGUUUUGAUAGCAUUUAUCAACAAACUCCUUAUGACAACUUAUGAAUUUGACUUCCCGGUGUUUAUCAUGAUGUCACAAAUGCUGUUUACAAUUAUCAUAUUAGAGAUAUUAAGUUUACCAUGUAUAGGGAUCAUCAGUAUGCCGAGGUAUACCUUAGAACGUGGGAGAAUGUUUGCAUUACCGGCGUUGUUUUAUGGAAUUAAUUCGGUGUUAGCUCUUAGUGCAUUAAGCCAUAUGAACAUAGCACUGUAUGGAGUGUUGAAACGAUGUGUUCCACUAGUUACGAUGGUAUUGUCAGUACUGAUCCUUAAAAAGGGCUGGCCGUCGAGGCUCACCAUGGGUUCUGUGGUGUUUCUUACCCUUGGAUGUGUUGUUGCAGGUUAUGGAGAUCUGACGUUUAACUUGUUGGGCUACACCUGUGGGGUCCUGAGUAACGUAGCCCAGUCUGUAUACCUGUUGCUGGUCCAGCAAGUCACAAAUGGUAAACUAUCCACAGUGGAAUCUCUUCAGCUAAACAGCAUCAAUACUUUACCAUUCCUUGCAGUCUUCUGUCUCUUAAAUCAAGAAAUCCAUCAUAUGCAAGAUUAUCCGUAUUUCAGCCAUUGGUCUUUCAUUGUUGUAUUUUUUCUUGCAAUAAGUUUAGGAUGUUUAUUGAACUAUUCAUUGUUUUUGUGUACAAGUUUGACAUCGGCAUUGACUACAAGUGUUGUAGGAGGACUUAAAGCUUUGGCACAGACUUUACUAGGAAUCUUCACUUUCGGAGGAGUGAGUCGCAACAUUUCAACUGCAGUAGGAAUCUCCAUGAGUGUGUCCGGUGGACUGACCUAUAUUUUUGCCAAAUACAGGGAAAAUAGGAAGAAACACACAGUAGAUCUGAGGAAAAUUAUGAGCUUUUCAACAGCAGAGGAUCUGAAGACUUUACAAGAAAAUGGCAAAUUGAAAAAUGGCGUGUCUACAGAUUCAGUUCGUAGUGUGAAACUAGAUAUACAUCAGCACAAUCAUUUAAAGUAGAUAAAUGGUUUAUGGGUGUGUGUGUGUGCAUGAGUGUGUUGUUGAACAUAUCUAUAUUCGCCACCAGUAACCAAUGUAAACCGCUCCACCAGAAGACUGUUUGUAAUUUUAACAGGAUAGUGCAGGAUACAAGAAAAACCACUUCAAUUCCAGAAACUUCCCUGGUUCUUCAAUGUGCUAGGUGUAAAGCAGCCCAUAUGCAGGACUCUUAUCCAAAUGUUAGUUUUACUAACUUUUACUUGGAGGAGUGGGGGCUUAAAUUAGGAUCCCUUGUUUUGUAGUCAGUGUUACCACUGGACCACUGCAUCAUUUUAUGGGGUGAUAAUAAAGUAGGUGUUUAAUAAUAAAUGUGAUCUUGAGGGUCAAACAUACAAGGUUCUGAUAGAAAAACUUUCUUGAGUUUCAUUUGUUGAUGAUAUCUUCUUUGAUCAUCUUCAACUUUUAUUUUCAGCGAUGACUUUUUAUUUUAAACAGAGACACAGGCCUCUUGAGUUUCUAGUUUAAACUCAUCUACAGCAAAUAUUGCUAGAAAUUAGUACCCAAAAAGUGUUUGUCUGAAUAACAGUCUUAAAAUGUUAUGUCAUGAUGUAUUAAAAAGUUGACAUCAUUAGAGAAACUGCAGCUGAAAAGAUGUUUAAAGAUCUUGAAAAUCCAAACUAAAUUUGAAAUCCAAAAUUUUACGAAAUUUGAAUGCUCAGGUCUCUUUAUUAUUGUAAUACUUUUAAUAGAAAUGUUCAGUAGUUUUUGCAAAAGGAUACUUUUAUAUUGUAUCGGUAGAUUUUAAAGUACAGUGUAUUUCUAUAAUACAUUUUUAGCUCAACUGUUUGAAACUUUUCAAGUGUGAGAGGUUUUCUUUUGUUGACUUUACUGUCAUCAUUAUUGUUGGUGUCUGUGUCACAAAAGUUUUGCAUGUAAGCUGGUUUCUCAGGUGUAUGCCCCUUUUUCAACGUAGAAAUUUUGGUUAAGUUCUGCAUGUAAGCAGAUUUCUCACAAACUAUUUUCGGCCAGAUGUUUUCAAAUUCUUCACACAACUUUGGCAGCAUGAGUUUACCUGAUGCAGCAGACUUAAUAACUGUUGCUUAUAUUUUGGCAAAAUCAUUGGCCCCUUUUUCACAUAGAAAUUUUGUUGAAAGUUUUGCAUGCAAGCAGAUUUCUCAGGAACUACUCAGGAACUAUUGUAUGGAAUGUUUUCAAACACUUGCUAAGUCUAUGCCAUCAUGAAUUUGUCAUUUUGAGCUAGGUGUCAUAUCUGCAACUUACAGUUUACGAAAUUAUGCCUAAUUUUCAGCUUAGAAAAUUUCGCUAAAGCUUUUGAAUAUAAGCUUGAAGAAAGUUUCAUAGAGCCAAGAGCACAGUCAGGCGCAGUAGCUUUUGAAGUUCGUUACAAUAUGUGCAGAAUGAAUGUUUAAGGGGCAUCCAUCCAGACUUAUAAUUUUUUACCUUUAGAAAACAUUUUCAUUUUCUUAGUGAUUUUGAUAUAUAAAGAAAAAAUGAAAGCAUACUAGGUAGAAUAUAUUUACAGUUUGUGACAUAAAUAGUAAAAAGAUUCCAUCUUCUAAACCACUGAUAUGAUUUUGUGGGUCUUAUAUACUCUAUAAUAUUAUGUCACUAUACAUGAAAAAUUAUGAAAAUAUUAGGGCUUUUUCAAAAAUGUAGAUAAUUACAAAUGACACUAAAAGCUAUUUUAUGUUUUUUUUUUUUGUUUUUAGCUCGACUAUUCGAAGAAUAGUCUAGCUAUUCUACUCACCCUGGCGUCGGCGUCGGCGUCGGCGUCAGCGUCGACGUCACACCUUGGUUAAGUUUUUGCAUGCAAGUACAUACAGCUAUCAUUUAAAGACAUAUAGCUUUGAAACUUAUUUAUUCUUUUUCUAGGUCAAUUACCAACCUCACUGGGUCAAGUUCCAUAACUCUAACAUGUAUUUUGAGCAAAUUAUGCCCCCUUUUGGACUUAGAAAAUUCUGGUUAAAGUUUUACAUGCAAGUUACUAUCCCCAAAACUAAUGCAGAUAUUGAAUUGGAACUUCACAUGUGUCUUCGGGGUUAUAAAACUAGUUGAUAGCACCAAGUCCCAUAACUCUGACCUUCAUUUUGGUCAAAUUAUGCCCCCUUUUGGACUUAGAAAAUUCUGGUUAAAGUUUUGCGUGCAAGUACAUACAGCUAUUACUAAAAGGCAUAUAGAUUUGAAACUUAUUUUUUCUUUUUCUAGAUCAAUUACCUACCUCACUGGGUCAAGUCCCAUAACUCUGACAUGUAUUUUGGCCAAAUUAUGCCCCCUUUUGGACUUAGAAAAUUCUGGAUGAAGUUUUGCGUGCAAGUACAUACAGCUAUUACUAAAAGGCAUAUAGAUUUGAAACUUAUUUUUUCUUUUUCUAGAUCAAUUACCUACCUCACUGGGUCAAGUCCCAUAACUCUGACAUGUAUUUUGGGCAAAUUAUGCCCCCUUUUGGACUUAGAAAAUUCUGGUUAAAGUUUUGCGUGCAAGUACAUUCAGCUAUUACUAAAAGGCAUAUAGAUUUGAAACUUAUUUUUUCUUUUUCUAGAUCAAUUACCUACCUCACUAGGUCAAGUCCCAUAACUGUGACAUGUAUUUUGGGCAAAUUAUGCCCCCUUUUGAACUUAGAAAAUCCUGGUUAAAGUUUUACAUGCAAGUUACUAUCUCCAAAACUACUACAGAUAUUAAAUUGAAACUUCACAUGUGUCUUCGGGGUUAUAAAACUAGUUGAUAGAAUCAAGUCCCAUAAUUCUGACAUGUAUUUUGGGCAAAUUAUGCCCCCUUUUGGACUUAGAAAAUCCUGGUUAAAGUUUUGCGUGCAAGUACAUACAGCUAUUACCAAAACGCAUAUAGAUUUGAAACUUAUUUAUUCUUUUUCUAGGUCAAUUACCAACCUCACUGGGUCAAUUUCCAUAACUCUUAACAUGUAUUUUGAGCAAAUUAUGCCCCCUUUUGGACUUAGAAAAUUCUGGUUAAAGUUUUACAUGCAAGUUACUAUCCACAAAACUAAUGCAGAUAUUGAAUUGAAACUUAACAUGUUUCCUCGGGGUUAUAAAACUAGUUGAUAGCAUCAAGUUCCAUAACUCUGAUAUGCAUUUUGGUCAAAUUAUGUCCCCUUUCGAACUUAAAACUCUUUUGAUAUUUAACAUUUUGGGUAAUAAUUUCCUGCUUCUGUGACAAUAUUUCAAAUAGUCAAGCUUGGCUGUCUUACGGACAGCUCUUGUUUU